AGGGACCGGCUCUUCAAGCCUCGGCCUGUCCUGACCCACCUGUUGCAACAUUUUCAGGCUGCAUUUGAACCUGGUCAGGACACAGCGAUCGAUGAGUCCCUACUACUGUGGAAAGGCCGCUUGCUGUUCAAGCAGUAUAUUCCGCUCAAGCGUGCCAGAUUCGGCAUAAAAUCGUUUAUGUUGUGCGAUAGCAGUGGGUACACGUACAGAUUUCGUGUGUACACUGGAAAGGAUGAAAAUACCGAGGCCAUGAAUGAAGUGCUGCCAGAAGGUUGUGCCAGCAUGGGGUGUUCCGCAAAAGAGGUAGUCCACCUUAUGCUGCCUCUUUUGAACAAGGGGCACAAGUUGUUUGUUGACAACUGGUACUCAUCGGUUGACUUAUUUUCCUUUCUUCAUUCAAAGGGUACCUCGUGUUGCGGGACUUUGAGAGCAAACAGAGCGCCGCUUUGCCUUCGGCAGCUCCAAAUCCCCAAAGGCCGAACAGAGAGCUGCGUCAGCGAACCACUUCUGGCCCAAAAGUUUGUAGACAAGCGAGACGUCUACAUGCUGACGACUUGUCACCCACCACAGGGCACCGGAGAGAAGCCUCCAGCGAUUGUGGAAUACAAUCAAAAAAUGGGUGCAGUUGAUCGCCAUGACCAGAUGUUGCAGCCUUAUGAUGCAACACGGAAAAGUUUGAAGUGGUACAAGAAGCUCUGUAUCCGCUUCAUACAGAUUGGGCUUUUGAAUGCCUUCAUUCUGUAUCAGAAGGCUGGCAACGAAGGCACCUUCCUUUCUUUUCAGAAAGAUGUCCUAUCAGACCUCAUCUUCGGUGACGGCAAUCCGGCAGAUGCUGUGGAGGAUGACCACAGCGUAAGACUCUACGGUCGGCACUUUGUUGAGGUUCUGCCAGCGACAGAAAAAAAAGCAAGGCCACAAAAGAAGUGCCGUGUGUGUGCACGGAAGGGCACGCGAAGAGACACUCGGUAUUAUUGUCCCGACUGCCCAAGCAAACCAGGCCUGUGCUUGGUAGGGUGCUAUAAAAAGUACCACACCGAGCGUUUCUUCUGGCGUCAGUGAUCUGCUGGCACCCUCUGUAAAUAAGUGUACAUAGUGCAAAUACCUGUGAUGUGUUCUUUUUUUUUCUAUUGGAAUAUAUGUGCCACAUGUGUCUGUGUUUUCUGGCUUGGAUUAUGCCCUGGAUUACCUAUAUCAAGUCUCCACAUCGUAGAAGUCAGGUAAGAAAAUCUUAAUUAUUUUUGUUGUUUUUUCUAUCUCUUGACUUUCAUCAUUCUUAACUU